AUGGUCUCUUUCUCUUCCGUGGCCCUCGGGCUCUCCGCUAUUGUGGGUGUCUUUGCCCUUCCAGGCGACAUGUCCGGUGACUUCUCUAAGCGCCAGACAAUCACCUCGUCACAGACUGGUACCAACAAUGGCUACUACUAUUCAUUCUGGACUAAUGGAGACGGCUCGGUUGACUACACAAAUGGUGCUGGUGGUCAAUAUAGUGUCACUUGGUCAAACCAGAAUGGCGGUGACUUUACCUGUGGAAAAGGCUGGAACCCCGGCAGUGCUCAGGCCAUUACAUACUCUGGGACGUUCAGUCCUAAUGGAAAUGCCUAUCUUUCUGUCUAUGGCUGGACAACUAGUCCUCUUGUGGAGUAUUACAUCAUGGAAAGCUUCGGGGACUAUAACCCGGGCAGCAGCAUGACCCAUAUGGGAACAGUCAUCAGUGAUGGCUCGACUUACGACAUCUACACGCAUCAGCAGGUCAAUCAGCCGUCAAUUAGCGGUACAGCCACGUUUGAGCAGUACUGGUCAAUCCGGCAGAGCAAGCGGUCUAGCGGCACGGUAACAACAGCCAACCACUUCAAUGCUUGGGCUGCUCUGGGUAUGAAUCUAGGCACAUUUAACUAUCAAAUUCUAUCUACCGAGGGCUAUGAGAGCUCCGGUACUGCCUCUAUCUCCGUUUCUGCUGGUGGCUCUAGCCCUGGCUCUGGUGGUAGUAGUACUAGCACUACCUCUGCCACUGCCACUUCCACUGGUGGCUCGUCUGGAAGUUGUUCUGCCAUUUGGGGUCAAUGCGGUGGCAUUGGCUGGACCGGACCGACCUGCUGUGUCUCGGGCACCACUUGCAAGGCCCAGAAUUCAUACUACUCACAGUGCCUCAGCUGA